CCUAAUCCAGCCAUCCUGGGAACCCUGGCACAAUUCCCGCCAUUGGACCCCAAAGACUGGUGGUACCUAGGUACCUACCGCUCCCCCUUACCACAACGCCGACCCUUUGAAACAUUGCGACGUCGUAAAGGGAGGAUCCUGUCACCACCGCCCAGUGCCCACUGCCAACACCAUGGCUGUCGUCCUAUAGUAGGCCAUGCCUCCAUUCUAUCCGCGAGCCGAAAUUCCCCUUCUUCUAUCCUCGUAUGCCCUCUGACAACGGGGUCCUAUCGUCGAAAAGGGGGUGCACUGCACGCUCUACCCACCUACCGACUGGUCGGAUCGGAUCGUCUUAGACCAAUUGCUUGCCUGAAAGACCCGAGCGCGGAAAUCACAACUUCGCAAAACCAUUGCACCGCAUUGGAUGACAACCACAGACGUAAUAAAGGCUGGCUCGCCGGUUCUGGUGAUACCAUAGUGUCGUGCGACGGCCAUCGGGAGGAAUACGAACUCACUGGACCGAAACCGUCACGACCUGUCCUACUUACUCUGUAUAUAUCUAUAUAUACCUACCUCCACCAACCACAUUGACUCAGCCUGUCGAACAUGGCCUCGACGCAGUCGGCCUUGCCGUAUCUAUCGCGAACAACCACCAACCAGUCCUACUCCAAUGGUUCGGGCUCCGGCGUUGGUAUCGGAGUCGGGUCCGGGAGUGCUGGCGGGAACCAGCGCACAUCCCUUUCAUCCUUCCCUUCUUCGCGGUCCAACUCCGCUUCCGGCAUCUCACCUCCCUCGAGACCUCUACACUCUCCUAACCCGAAUACCACCGACCCAGACCGCACAUCCCACCCGAGCUCUAAUUCCAAGACAUCAUCUCUUGCGAGCCAAACCGUAGCCUCGGAUGAUUCAUCGCUCUCCAUUUUGGCUACAAGUCAUCCCAUGUCCAAAUCACCGAGAAAGUUGCGAUCCCAAUACCCACGAGAGUCCUCUGAGAACCAUGUCGAGUAUAUUUUAGUGGCGUCCUUUGAUAUAGACCGCGGCCCUGUCAUGGAGCACCAGUUCCCCGUCGCUAUUACCGGCGAUGAGCAUAUGUUGGCCGAAUUGAUGUUACCCGAUCAGGCCCAUGCACGUACCCAGGAUUGGACCAUUUUCUUCUUACACAAAGACUCGAAUCAGGAAGAAGAGGAGCAGGAGCAAAAACGGAAAGAAGCACGGCGUCGAAGAAGGAAGAGGCGGAGAGAUAGAGAAGCCGGGAUUAUCACUGAGGAGGAUGAUACUGAUGAUGAAAACGACACCCAUCGAGGGGGGAACGGUAAUAACGAAGAUGAUGAUGAUGGGAGCGACGCUGAGUCGACCGAUUCAGAACCAGAGGGAGGGGAGGGACCGCCGCUGAUCUAUGUCUUGAACUUGGUUUACACGAAACACGACAAAACGGUGAAACGAGGCGCUGUGGUCAAGGCCAUGGCUAUAUGUACACGACAUCCGUUCCUCCAUAUAUACAAGCCUCUUUUAUUACUGGCGCUCGAAGAAUAUUUCAAAUCUCCAGUUCCAGAAACUUUAUCCAUGCUUUACGAUGCCGUCAAUGACAUGGAUCUCUCCUUGAUGCCGAGGCUCAGCUUGUUAGAGAAGUAUCUGUUGCAGUCUAGUGACAAUAAGGAUCUUUUCGUCGAAAAGUUUGAGCGCAUGGUGCAAAAGCGAAUUGCUGAGGAUAGGAACGACUCCGUUGGUGAGCCCUUUGAUGCUAGUAGAAGUCCGCCUAAGCCUCAAAGCAUCUCCAGGGCCGGGACAAAAGCGUACCUCGAGGGCCAUACCGCCUACUCUGUACCACGAGAUACACACGAAUUCGAGAGUAGGGUUAUGUACAAGGGCAUACCCAUCCCCGUCAAGAUUCCAACAGCCACCAUGCCAGAGACGGUGGGCGACUUCUCUCUCGUGAAGCUGAUCCAAAACUUCUCCGAGCCACAUGCCAAGUCCAUGCAGCCCUUUACAUUACAUCCCCAUCUGACGACAAAUGGGCCUAGCACACAUCCCAUCAUGGUUUUGGCCAAUGCCCUGCUGACGCAGAAGAGAAUUAUUUUUCUUGGUCACAAUAUGCCUUCGGGUGACGUGGCGGAAGCGGUACUUGCCGCUUGUGCUCUCGCUUCUGGUGGCUUGCUGAGAGGCUUUACUCGCUUCGCCUUUCCCUACACGGAUCUGACAAAGAUCGAUGACCUGCUGAAGGUUCCCGGUUUCAUAGCUGGUGUAACAAACCCUACGUUUGAGAUGCAUCCUGAAUGGUGGGACCUUUUGUGCGACCUUCCUAGUGGACGGAUGAAGAUUAGCAGCAAGAUUGAUCCAGCACCAAUAACUGAAGGCCUGGGCUACUUUCAACAACAACACCCAUCUUUUAUCCAACAGCUAAGCGGCUCUAAUACGUCCACCGACCUGACUGGGGAUGUGAUCUUCAUGAACGACAUACUCAAGAGCAUACAGGCACGGCUUGGCGAACGAGUCAUUCGGGCUAAAUGGCGAGACUGGGUUCUAAGGUUCACUCGCAUAGCUGCUGCUUUCGAAGAGAGCGUGUAUGGUGCCAGUGCACUUUAUAUAGGUGGCGAGGAACAUGAACAAAUCACUGGCGGUCAUGGAUUUGUCUGGGCAGACGAAUCCGCCAAGCAGAAAGAGCUUGCCGGUAAUGUCUACAGGAUUGAGGGUUGGAGAAACACGAGGAGCUAUUAUAGUUUUAUUCAGGAUCUUGGCCAGUUAUAUACUAUUCGACCCUUAAAAGGGCUGGACUUGCACCAUAUGCAUGAUCGUCUACGCACACAGCGACUCAACUCAGCGCAGAGUCGGGAGCUAUAUCUCUCCUUCGCCAAAUCAGUCUGGUCAUACGACGAAAUAUGUCUACUGCUUACGGUGGCACCCGAAUCACAUGCCGGCCUAUUCUAUGUCGCGCUCGGGCUCUUCCACAAAGAUCGCGACGUCCGCAUUAAAGUCUCAGAGCUUCUGGAGCGCGUCGCCGAGCAUGAGGCCGGACAGCACUGGUGGAAGGGCCUUAGCCGGUACCAGAAGCUCGCAUUCCACCGCAUACGGCGCGAAGCCGAGGCCGAGAUGAGGGCUAAAUUAGAGAAGGAGGGCAUCAUUACUUCCGACCUGGCGAAGAGAAUAAGCUGAAAGAAAAAAGCCGAACGACGAAACGCAACGAAGAUGAAUGAAUUAAUGAAUUGAUUUGAAGAGAAGAAUAAUUUUUUUUUUAGUCAUGUCAUGGCUCCAUGUUCAAAGCAUAUUUGCAAGUUUUACUUAUUUGCACAAAACCUACGGACAAGCAAGCUCAGAAUCAUGUUAUUAUUGUUUACUGUUUAUUGUUAUUGGUAUUGUUUUUAUUUUUAUUUUUUUUAUUUUUUAUAACUUCAUUGCUCUUGCGCUGCUGGCAUGAUGAUAUCCCCCUCCUCGCAACAGAACAGGCUAAUAUCUUAGCAAAUACUUGCAUACACACAUUUAGUUGUGGUGGUGGCUGUUGUUGUUUAUACUUUUGAUAAUGCAGUGAAUAUAGUAUAACGCUAGGUAUAUACAUUAUAUAUAGACGUUUACGUCGA